AUGCGUUUCUUAUUUCUUGCCCUUAUAGGCCCAGCAGCAUGCCUAGCUGCCUGUCCUUAUGCCAGGCGGGUAGAUACUUCCGCCGGUAACUGUCCCUAUGCUAAACGCAUGGAGACUAGAGAUACCAAUUCUGCUCCUAUGGUUCGCACCCAGGCAAUGCAUCCUUCAGAGGAUCCUAGUCAGAAGGGCGUCAUGUUGAUGAACCGAAUCAAUCCCUCAAUAUCGCAGCUAUACAUUGCCGAUGCUGAUGGCACAAGUGAGCGCCUUCUGCUGGGCAACGAGUCAGUCUUCGAAUACCACGCCACUUUCGCUCCGGAUGGAAAAUCGAUCGCUUUCACCACCGAGCGCAACGGCGACGGUAACUCCGAUGUCUACAUGGUCGAUGUCGAUGGCAGUAACCUCAGAAAAAUUGCUGCUACCCCUGCUGUCGAGGAUGCAGUUUCUAUUUCUCCCGAUGGCAAAUACGCCGCCUAUGCGUCUACCCGGGACGUCUAUACCUCCAAUAUAUGGAUUACGGAUCUUGAAACGGGUGCCACUCGCAAUCUCACAAACCAGACUGGUGUGACCGGUGAUCCCAACUCACCGAGUGGAUUUUUCUCUCCAACCUGGUCUCCUGAUGGGAAAAGUAUUGUCUUUUCUUCAGAUAUCAACACAGGAUGGACUGGUCACGACGAUGGAAUCGGAUGGGAACAUACCCAAAACCUGUCCCUCUACACCAUCACUCCGCGAGGAACGGGGUUCAGGCAGGUAUACAGUGAGCCGGCCUUGUCUUUUGGAACACCCAAAUUCUCUCCCGACGGCGAGCGGCUUAUCUUUUACUCGAUGACUUUACAACAAACCUGGAAUGCCCGCUCGUCGUACAACGUCAAUACCACAUCCAACCAGAUUGUCUCGGUGGACUUUGCAACUGGCUUGGAUCGCAUCGAGCACACCAACUCCUCCGGAUGCAAGAUUUACCCCCAGUAUGUCAAUAAUACCAUUGGCUACCUGCUUAAGGGAGGACGCAAUGAGGGCAUUCACUAUACGAAUGGCAACAAAAUCCUUGGCGGCAUGCGCUCGCCUAGCUGGAGCCCCGAUGGCAAAUAUGUUGUCUACGAGAAAACCGGCUGGACCACCCGGCCUCUGCAAAAGAAGAUGUACACCUGGGACUCUAAGUGGGAGUACCGCUUCAUGGAUGUCUUUCCCGAUCUCUCAGACCAGGGAAUGCUAGUUUUUAACUCGAAACAGACCGGCACGCCAGGCAAUUCAUCUAUCGCGGUGAUGCAGCCUAACGAACACGACUUCACCAUCCCGUUCGACACAUUUGAGAAAGGCUUGACCGACCCUGUCAGCUAUGCAUCCGUAACUGAAGGUCAAUCCGGCUGCUUCCAGCCAAGCUGGUCCCCGGAUGGUAAAUGGGUUACCUUUGGUUAUGGCUAUUGGUUCCAGGGUCGGUUAUCCAAGCCCGGGUACAUCUACCGAGCCAAGUCCGACGGCUCCUAUUAUCAGGCCCUCACCACCAACACGUCUAGCUCUGGUUCUAACGCUGGCUUCCCUAGUUACUCGCAUGACGGCAAGAAGAUUGUCUACCGUGUUUACCAGCCGGAGUUUGGGCUGCGCGUGCUUGACCUUGAGACCAACAAAACGGCCACUCUGACCACCGAGCGCGACAAUCUCCCUUUCUUCUCACCGGAUGGUGAAUGGAUUCUGUUUACUCGUAACGUGACCCUACCUGAGAGGGGACAGUUUUCGAAUUAUGAAGUGUGCAUCAUCCGGCCUGACGGUACAGACUUUACAAAACUUACUUCAUCGCCGGCCAAUGAUGCUCACGCUGUUUGGACUGCGGAUGGACGCAUUAUGUGGUCAAGUGGAAUGUGGGGGUUUCAGGCUGAGGCUGCUACUUACGACAAUACCUUCCAGCCAUAUGGACAGAUAAUGAUCAUGAAUGUUGAUGGGUCCAACAAGACGGUUCUCACGAAUAGUAUGUGGGAGGAUUCGAUGCCACGCUAUGUGCCGAAUACCAUUCUGAAAUAG